AUUGGGAUACUGAAAAGAGUCAGUUUUAGUACCAAGAGCGACAUUGGCAAUAAGAUAUUUCAUCAUAGGCUGCGUAGUUUCCAUCAUCAGCGGGAGCAUUUGCUUCAAUUUUCCGCGAGUAAGCGUCGGAGUUAUUUUGCUCCUCAAGUACUUCCAGGCAGGAUUUUUCAACCCAAACAAAUUCCUCAUUCCAAUGCUGUCUUUCUGUUGGGGCCCAGCGAAAUGUCUGUCGGAAAAAUUAUCAAAGUCACGGAUCAAAAUCUGCUUGAUUAUCUCCGGGUCCCGCAGCAAAAGACAUGGCUUGUGAAAAAUGUAGAAACCGACAUAAGGCGCGUCCUGAAGCGCCUUGCGGUAAAUUUCUCCCAAGUGGAAUCCUGGAGCGGUGCGGAACAAAAUUCCAUUUUUGAAAUUACCAAAAAUUAUGUCUGUUCUUUGCAACUGUUGCACACCGCGUCUUUUCCAGUAGCUUAUUCUGUGAAGACAGUAGAAAUAAACAAUAAGUAUAAAUGCUACUGGUAA